UAUUAUGUCAAAUACGAAUACAGCGAUUACAAAGUAAACACUACAAACUUCCUUUAAAUGAAGGACUACUUACGUUUGAUCAUUGAUAGGCAUGUAAAAAGCUCUCCUAAUGCAUUAGCAGCAGCACGUUAGCUGCGUUAGCUCCAGCCACCCUCCUCCGGGGAACGAACUGUAAAUUGCUCUCCGCCGGGCGGUUUGCCGAUCCGCUAAGACAUUCGACAACCGGGUCGUCAUGUCAAAUAAUCCAGGAUAGCUUUGUGUGAUUUUCCGCUUUGAAGACUUUGAAACAUCACUCGGUUCGGGUUAGCAUGUCGGCUAGCUGUCACUCCUUCUGGUUUGUUUACAUUCUCCGAAGCCGGGGAAGGGAAAUGACAUAUGUCCGAUUUAGGUGUCAUAAAAUAUCGUUCGGGAGGUGCGACAGUAAAGUUCAUGCAACACUUUUACAACAUGACCUUCUUGGAGCGUUACACUACACCCAUGGGGGAGAACCUGCUGACUUUUUUGUGGUCGCUGUCCGUGUCCAUGUACCCCCUCGGUGGCUUCUUUGGCUCUCUCUUGGUGGCACCGUUGGUCAACAAACUGGGAAGGAAGGGCACCCUCCUUUUCAACAAUAUCUUCUCCAUCAUCCCUGCAUUGAUGAUGGGAGUCAGUGAGCUGGCAAAGUCCUACGAAAUCAUUAUCUUGGCCAGAUUCAUAGUGGGCAUCUGCGCAGGUCUUUCGUCCAAUGUGGUGCCCAUGUAUCUAGGUGAACUCUCGCCCAAAAACCUAAGAGGAGCCAUUGGUAUCAUACCGCAGCUCUUCAUCACUAUUGGCAUCCUCAGCGCCCAAGUGCUUGGAAUCAGAAAUAUACUGGGCAACAGUACAGGUUGGACCUUAAUGCUAGGCAUUACCGGCAUCCCUGCCCUGGUGGAACUCUUUCUGCUGCCCUUCUUCCCAGAGAGCCCCAGGUACACGCUCAUUCAGAGGGGCGACGAGAAGACAGCAAGGAAAGCGUUGCAGAGCCUGCGCGGCAGGGAAGACGUGAGCGAAGAGCUUGAAGAGAUGCGUCUAGAGGAGCAGUCAGAGAGGGUGGAGGGUCGCCUGUCGGUGCUGUCCCUUCUGUCCCAGCGGUCCCUUCGCUGGCAGCUGGUCUCUGUCAUAGUCAUGAACAUGGGACAGCAGCUGUCAGGGGUGAAUGCGAUCUACUACUAUGCAGACAGCAUUUAUGCCACCGCGGGGGUCGUGGAGAAUGACAUCCAAUAUGUCACAGUGGGAACCGGUGCCGUUAAUGUCUUCAUGACCAUAGCGGCUGUCUUCGUCGUGGAAGCGUCGGGACGCCGCCUUCUCCUCCUCUCUGGGUUUGGGAUUUGCUGCGGGGCAUGUGCUCUGCUCACGGCCGCUCUCAUUUUCCAGGAAAGUGUAACAUGGAUGCCCUACGUCAGCAUCACAUGCGUCAUCCUUUACAUCACCGGACAUGCUAUCGGACCCAGUCCCAUCCCUUAUGUGGUGACCACUGAGAUGUUCCGGCAGUCAGCUCGGCCCGCGGCCUUCAUGAUGGCCGGCUCCGUCCACUGGCUCUCCAACUUCACUGUUGGCCUGCUAUUCCCCUUCAUGGAGAGAGGCCUUGGUUCCCUCAGCUUUAUCCUCUUUUCCUUCAUAUGUCUGGCCACGUUUGUUUACAUCUGGCUAGCGGUUCCCGAGACCAAGAGCAAGACCUUUCUGGAAAUCUGCCAGAUGUUUGCCGAGAGGAAUGGCGUGGAGAUCGAGCUAGGCGACGGUGAUGAGCCGUUGAAAAAGAGCAAAGAAAACCUGCAGGAAAUGGAGAAGGUCACAAGCUUUUGAAGGCACAAAUAGCUCUUUCACAUUAGAGGAAGUCCUCACUUUGGGGGUCCGUGAGGGAAUGCGUGACGCUGCAAGUUCCUCCACUUGUACUUUUUAUGGCCUGCUCUUUUGUAGAAAGAAAAAUAACCAACAUGUACAUUACCAGGGACAUUGACGCCGCUUUCGUAAUCGAGUAUUCCAGUGGUCCCCAACCACCGGGCCGGGGACCGGUACCGGUCCGUGGCGCAUAUGCAAACAGAAAUCAUAAUUUAUUAACGACCUCAUUCUUGCCUGUGACUCUUGACAUACCAAUCUGCCUGCCAACUCUAUUGACUAGUCCAAGUAGACAUACAGUAUGUGGACAUUGCCCUGUAUUGGUGGCCGCCAUUACUGAUGUGUUUACACACGUCAGUAGCAGCCCAGCGUCAGUCAAUGUAAACACUAACGCUAGCCUCCUGCUGCUGGUGGCACGCCUCAGCAAUGGAGGAUGGGGUAUUUCCAGUCGUUUUGCUCGGAUCACUCAAUAAAGACAAUUAUAAAACUGGGUAGGAUGUCGUCAUAGAAAUCAAUUGGAGCUAGCAUCUAUUGUUUUAUUUUAAUCAAUGUGCGCUUGUCCUCAAUAAUGAGGUAUGACGUAAGUGCGUCAGAUUUGUUUCCGGAAAUAAUAAGCACACACGUGAGCGAAGAUGACUGAAAAAACGUCGUCUUUGGACAGCUUUCUACAGGGAAAAGGCUACCUGACGAGCCAGAAAAGAAACCUACACUAGAGCCUAGUUCGGGCCUAAAAAAUCCAGCCCGACCCGACACGGCCCGCUGGUAUUGAGGCCCGACCCGGCCCGAGCUCGAUCACUUAACUAGAUUUGCAGGCCCGAGCCCGAAAAACCCGAUUUUUUUUUUUUUUUUUUUGAGUGACGCGGAAAAAAACGCAGCAGCAGCAAUUUAUUUUCAUUUCUUCGAGUUGGCAGAA